GUCGGAAUUCAUCGCUUCUGAUUGCGAGUUAACCUUAACAAGGUUUUAAAUAGUAUAGAGUGAUUAACCGUCAAACAGUGUUAUUAGACGUAUUUAUGACGGAAAAUGUAUCUGAAGCUAGCAUGGAUACUUACGAGAAUCUUGAGCUCAAGCCGCUAGAACAACUAACGAUUAAGGUUAAAACUGAGGGAGUUACUCAGCAAGUGCCGGCAUUGAGCGAACAUUGGGUGGUAGAGCGGCGAUACUUGCAAUAUGUUGUCCCUAAAAUUAAAGAUGCUAAUGGUAUGGAAAUCGUGGGUGCCAAAGAGUAUUGGUUGGAGCUUGUCGAGUUUAUAACAUUGGAUCUUAAGUGGCUACUAGGGCUUCCAUUUUAUAAGUUUUGGUCGAAUGUAGUAUAUAAUUCAAAGAUAGUGAAUAUGCUGGUUUCAUUUUUACAAGAAGCUCCACCAUUCUACGUUCUUGAUGACUUUCCUGAUAACAAGGAGAUGCGGCAAGCAUUGGAUGUACUGCGGCGCUUUGUCCUAGUGACGUUUGCUCGUCUUGUUACAAAUAAGGAAAGCACAACCGAGUUUAUGACUCGCGAGCACCAUGGACAUUUAUUAUAUGAUAAUUAUAUAUUUACAAUACCAAUAAUGCUGGAUCUAUGCCAGCUCUAUGGACGGGAAAAUUCCAAAAUAGUGGAAAGGAUCCUUAAGAGUGUAUUCAAACUGCAGCCUCUAUACAACGAUGAUCUUAGGAGAACUAUUCCCUUCCUCGUUGAUGUGCUGCGAAAUAUUGAACAAAGAUUUGAAGACCGUCCAGUGCCAUUAGCUGGAGAAGUGGUUUCUCUAGCAGAACGAGGUUGCGGCUCUAUCGACAUCACAUUGCCAGUUCUUGAGGACCUAAUACUGCAUCUACUAGAUAUCUCUUCAAACAUUGCAGUAUUUCUUGAGAACUAUCCUUCUGCCUCCAUUACCUUCCAUUCACAUGACUUUCUAAAUAAGGUUGUUUCAGUUUACAGUUACACAAUACCUGAAAUGUACAAAAAAUUGGAACAUGUCGCGUACAAAGACGAGACAAUGGGAAGGUACGCCGAGGCAAAGCACCGACUCGAUGUAACCAGAGUAGAAUUCUUGCAGCUCUAUCGAACCAUCAUUUACAAGCCUAUAAUGGACAUUUUAGAAAAAUCAAGUACGUUGACCGAGGAGGAAAAAAAAGCAUAUGUUGAUGACUACUUAAAUAUUCUUACUCAUGCAUUAUCAGAGAAAGAAUUUAUCAUCGACUAUCAGAGAUACUAUCCUAUCGACUUUGACCUUGAAGUUCUUAUGCAAAUCUCCUCCGAAGUUGAUGCAAUGAAGCGGGACUUCAUUCUACAGUCAAUGUAUGCCAUUUCGGAGGAGCCAAUAGGGGGACCACGAAAUGUCUCACCAGCAUGUGCUGCGACUGCGAUAAGAAAUGAGCACAAUCCUGUUGAUGAAUGUAUGCCUUCGACAAGUGAUGAUUCGUCUAACAAGCCGAAGUCUACAAAAGCUGGAGUCGAGCUGGCCUCUCUCAUAUCUGAAGUAAAAGACAUCUUGUGCAACCUUGGCGAAGGCUUCAUUGAAAGAUGUCUUAAGUACUACAACUACGACAGUGCUGCAGUAGUGAAUGCAGUGUUAGAGGACUCUCUUCCAGCGGAGUUGAAAUUAAUCGAUCGAACCUUGCCAUCGAUCCCUUCGGAUCCAAUGGAAGCAUCAGCUGCAGUGGACCUAGCCAUCGGUAUGCAGCGUCUAAACGUCUUUGACAACGAUGAGUUUGAUAUCAUGACCAGAGAUGUUAUCGAUACGACUCGAGUACACAAAGGUAAAAGGAAAGAGAAGCACAAAAAUCUAAACGAAAUGUUGAACGACAAGUCAUUCAAGAAAGACGUGGGUGACUUCUAUUCGAAGUUCAGUGUCAUCGAUGACUAUGAUGAUGAGUACGAUGAUACUUAUGACAGACACGAUGUUGGACUAAGUGGAAGGGAUGAUCCCGUAGAGAUGGAUGCAAGACUGUUUACAACUUCUAGAGGAUUUUCUGUAACGCAGCAGGAUUCAGACUCCAUCGAUGUGAAAACGCUUCCUAAUAACGGUGAAACUGCUCAAAACAAUAAGGACCACUUUAUCGAGAACCCAGCAGAUGUUAGAGCCAGAGCGGAAGAAAGGAGGUUGUCCAAGAGAGGUGGCAGGGGAACACAAUCUAAAGAUACCGUUGGCAAGCCAAGAGGUCAAGGCCAGGACAAAACCGUUCUGGCUAAUCGAGAGGAGAAGAAUAUUAAAAAAGCUACGAGAGCAAAUCACAAUCGACGAGCAGGAGCAGAAUGGAAACGUCGGGGGGGCAUGAUUCCCUCGUAAAGACAGCCGUCAUUAUAUCAUCGACUUCGUUUCCGAGCCAUUCGUUUCUGUGGUCUAACUUUGGGUCCCAAUUUGCAACAUUAGUAUUUAUUUACAAAUAAAAUUGAUUCACCUCGCA